AUGGAUGAUCAUUGGCGCUGGGUUUCUGCUCAGGACCUUCCUGCUUCAGGUCCUGAUGCCGGGUCCGUCGAUGGCGCUGCCCGUCCGGACAUGGAUGGCUUCAACUGCUAUCUAGGAGAAGAUGAACCGCUCUUCAACUUGGACGGAAUCGACCAUUCAGGACUAUACAACAGCGGUUCUAAUAACGCCCCGUACGAUCUCCACGAGGGUGCAUGGCCUUCUUCGUGGACGAUAUUUGAUCAACUAUCCGAUCCGACUUUCGCGCAGCUACCUGAUAGCAAUCUUCCCAUCCCACUACCGGACAAUAUCCCCGAUAAUCAGUCCGUGGCGCAAAGGCCGCUUACGGACGUCUCCCAGUGGCUAGACGGUGCCUACAGUCCGCCUGUCCCCUGCACUUACUGUCGCAGGCAUCGUCUGCAAUGCCUCAUCAUCCGCACCACCUCUGCAAACCCCAACCCAGUCACCGCAUGUUCAAGCUGCGUGGCGCUCUUCCGCGAAUGCAGUCUCGCGCUGGGCGAGAAGCGACAACCCUCGCGAUUCGAGACGCUUUCGCCAGUCCUCGGCAAUCUUCAUGGCCUCCGAGAGAUUUGCGAGGAUGCCUCUACUGGUACUACCAGUGACGCCAAUCGCUCUACUUUGCCGGCCCUCGAGGAAGGCAGCAGCAGUCGCAACCCGGAGUCCAAGCAGUUCGUUCGCAAAGGAGCACGCGUCCUCCGUUCUUGGUUCCUUCAGCAUCAGUCUCACCCGUACCCCACCGAUGAGCAGAAGUCGGAGCUAGUUCUCGAGACGGGGUUCUCGAGACAGCGCAUCUCAACAUGGUUCGCAAACGCGCGCCGACGCCAGAAACAGAAGCAGCAGCAACGAGAGAAUCCCAACCCGCCCGCUUCCUCCGCGCGCAUCUUCCGCGCGGGAUCUCCGAUGCCUUCAUCCUCAUGGGCUUCCAUGACGCCGUUAGAACGAUGGCAGGCGUCUCCGCCUGAAGACGACCCAGUACCUGAAUCCACGAUCCGAGACGCCAUCGCCUCAACGACCCCGGCACCAGCACAAGGAUCGGAGCCCCAGUCCCGGACCCAGCCUCCUUCCGCCUCCUCCCAAGACGACUUCUCCUUUUUCUUCCCCUCCCCCCAGUUCGACAUGGACCUGGAUCUGGACCUCGGAGGGACAGCCCUCGACACCUUCUUCAACCUCGACGACCACGAGACCUCGUCUCAUCUGGAUUCCUCGGUCUCCGGCUUCGGCAGCAGACGAUCCGAGGUCUCGUCCGAUAGCAUCUCCUCGGCAUGGAGCCUCCAAUCAGAUGGCGGGGUUCCCUUACCCGUAUCAGCUUCUUCGCACCUACGGCGCAAUCGAAACCGUUCUUCUUCCUCGCGACCCCUUCACCGGCGUUCCUCCUCUCGUCGGUCGCUGAAUUCUCAAACCGAGUCCACCCAGACAUAUACCUAUCAAUGCACUUUCUGUCCGCAAUCGUUCAAGAAGAAAAACGACUGGUCUCGCCACGAAUCAAGCGUUCAUCUCACGUUGGAGUUUUGGGUUUGUACACCUAACUUAUCAGAUCUGUUCCCUCCUCCCCCACUAGAACAAGACCCAGACCAACCGCAGUCACAACCCUCUCCAACUCCUCGCCAUCCACAUCCCCAAACCAAACCCCCAUACGAAACCACUCCGACCCAACAACCAAAAGAAUGCCGCUUCUGCAACCACCCCUUAAACCCCUCCCACGACCAAAUCCAAACCCACGACCAAGACCACGACUUCCCCACCUGCGCCGCAAAACCCCCUUCCGAGCGCUCCUUCCCCCGAAAAGACCAUCUCGUCCAACACCUCCGCAAAUACCACGCGUGCACGAAACCCCCCGUGCCGGAUCUUUCAGCGUGGCGGAUUUCACGACGCGGUGCUACCCGCAGUAUCGACGCCCGGGCUGUUAGUAGUGGGAACCAAGUUAACCAGACCCAGACGGGCGAGGACCAGAGUCAAGGCCACGUGCGCAGCCGAUGCGGAUUCUGCGGCCUUGUGCUCGAGUCCUGGAAUGAGAGGGUCGAUCACCUAGCGGGGCAUUUUCGGGAGGGAUGGAGGAUGGCCGAGUGGAUUGGGGAUUGGGGAUUUGAGGAGGAUGUGAUGAGGGGGUUGAGGAGGGCGGUAUUGCCUGGUUUGAGGGGGUGA